AUUUUCAUACUCAACUAACUAUUGUUUCGUUAGUUCUAAGAGAAUUUUCCGGCAUUUUCUUUCAAUAGUUCGUCUUUUUUGCAUUAUAAAAAUAAAAUUUAUUGUUUAUGGUGUAUUUUUUCAGAUCAAAAUUCGAUUUUUUUUCCCACAUGAAUGUGUGUUUGAGUAAACGGACACGUUUCUGAAACUUGUGAUAAUGUUUCCUCUUUCUAACAGGGCAUCCCAUUUCUUGCUUUUACUAUUCAUCACUCUCACAGCUAUCUUGGUGCUACUUUACCUUCAAACUAAUCUGUUAGACAAACUUGAAAGACCAACGCGCGUAUCAUCAUCUUAUGGCGAGCUGAGAUCGGUUCAGAAAUCAUUCAAUUCAUUCAAACGACCGCGACUGAUUGUGGUGACCCCGACUUAUGGCCGAGCUACUCAGAUUGCCGACUUAGUUCGAUUGAAACAGACUCUGAGUUUGUUAAAGGACUGCGACUGGAUAGUUGUAGAAGACGCUAUUGUCAUAAAUAGAGAGGUGCAGGAGUAUAUCGGGGACUACAAAGCAGGAAAACUUGUUUACCUGGCCAGUCACUCACGUGACCGGAUGUUUCGGGGAAUGCAACAGCGAAAUCUGGCUCUGCAGUUGAUCCGAAGUCAUUACCAGCAAUCGUUUUUUUCAUCGCGAAACACGAGAGCAGUCGUGUAUUUCGCCGACGAUGACAACUCGUACGACGCGGUUUUUCUCGACUCUCUUCGGUUCACGAAUAGUAUUUCUUUGUUUAAUGUCGGACUAAUUUUGGAUAGGCGAUACGAGGGACCUAUCCUCGAGAACAAUAAGAUAGUUGGAUUUAACACGAUGUUCUACGGAGGGCGGAGAUUUUGCAUAGACAUGGCAGGAUUUGCGAUCAGCCUGCGUCUACUCCUGCAGUUCCCAAGUGUCUCAUUUGUGGCCAAAAAACAGGGCACAAUGGAAAGUGAGUUUCUCGAGUCAUUUGGAGUUCCUCUCUCAGAAAUGGAGUUCUUUUCAGGCCGCAGAGGAAUACACGUUUGGCACACACAAACAAAACCGGUCGGACCGAAAGACCCCGAUUUAAAAGUAUACCCAGAAAACAACACUGUAAUAGACACGAGAUCACAGGAAGAAAUCGACCAAGUCGAAAAGUGGCAGCAACAGAAACAGCGCGAAGAAGAAAAGAGAAAUCGAGAAAUCUUCAGAAAUCAAUUGAAGAGGUUGAAUGAAAGACAGAGACAAAAUGUGAUGAAAUAUUUGAGAAUGAAAUCGAAAUUUUGAGCCAGAGAGUGAACGAAACCAUACAA